CGAUAAUGGUUACGAAUUCUAUUGGGUAAUCACAUGGUUAAUCAAAACAGAAAUAGUUUUUUGUUCGAGUUUGGUGUAGGGCAGGGACACUGAAUAAGUAUUAAUGAGUUAUUAACUUUUUAUGCAUGUCGUAAUGCUUAAAACGAGUGAAAGAAAAAUAAAUUGAAUAUUUUUUUAUGUUAAUAUUGUGUCACCACGUCGAAUGUUUUUGCCAAGCUUUAUAUUUAAAUAGAAAUGGCAAAUAAUACGUCAGGUACUAAUGCUUCGUGCGCUUAUAACUUUAAAGUUGUUCUACUUGGUGAAGGAUGCGUGGGUAAAACUUCUCUUGUUUUGAGAUACGUUGAAGAUAAAUUUAACGACAAGCAUAUUACGACACUUCAGGCAUCGUUUUUAAAUAAGAAGAUAAAUAUUGCUGGAAAGAGGGUUAACUUGUGUAUUUGGGACACAGCUGGCCAAGAGAGGUUCCAUGCCCUAGGACCAAUUUUCUAUAGGAUGUCAAAUGGUGCUGUCCUGGUGUAUGAUAUAACAGAUGAAGACUCUUUCCAGAAGGUGAAGAACUGGGUGAAGGAACUGAAGAAAAUGCUCGGUAAUGAAGUCUGCCUGGCCAUUGCGGGGAACAAGAUAGACUUGGAGAAGGAGCGGACCGUUGCCAUAGAAGAUGCAGAGGCGUACGCCGUCUCGGUGGGGGCCAAGCACUUCCUGACGUCGGCGAAGCAGAACCGGGGCAUCGAGGAGCUGUUCCUGGAGCUGACGCGGCGGAUGAUGGAGCGGGCCCGGGAGGCCGACCAGAAGGCCAGCUCCCUGAAGCGGUCGGGCAGCGCGCGUCGCAACAUCGUGGUGGUGGACGACGAGGUCCCCGCGGCGGGGCCCAGGGCCGGCUGCUGCGCGGGCCAGGCCUCCUAGCGGGCCGCGAUAUCUCGAUGCUUCAGGCUUCACGGUGUACAUACGUCUCUGUCCUUUACUUUUUUGCUGCGAGAGUGUUGUGGUCCGAAUUUCUGGCCCGCGGGUUGCGUGGCAUCCUUCCGAUUUCUCCGUUCUGAUUGACGUCCUAAAAUCGUCGCUAUAAUCAUUAUCGAAUAUCAUUACUUAAGAUGUUAGAAUGUUCUGUUGCAAAAAGAAUUACAUUUUUUUUUUUUUUCAAAGGGUUCCUGGAAUAUGAUGAUGAUCAUGGUUUGUUGCCUGUUAUCCUAACAGUAUUAAAUUACAUUAUUUCAUUUUUUUUUCCAUGAUGUUAUUUAAUUUGUUAAAAUAUAUAAAGUAACAGUAUUAAUUGUCAUUUAACAUGAUGGUUGUGGUUAAUUGCUAUCUAUUUAAGCGUUUCGUCGAUGGUGUCAGCAUCUUGGAAUGUGAGCUUAGUAUUUUUUUUUUUUUUCUUUUCACUGUUAGUACAGUUUUAUACUCCUUAGCAGUGAUAGUGCUCUCUACCUUUGUUGUCUUUUUUUUUCUUGUCAUUUAAGAUUGAAAGAAGUUUAGACCAUAACAUUGAUAUUCUGCAGGAAUGACUGAUUAGGGUUACCCGCUAGUUUGACACACUGGAAGUUGUAUUUGUGUCACGUGUAUUCAUCCACGGAAGUUUUAAGUUUGUGGCUAUAGUAUGUGUAGAGUCGCAAAGUAAAACUGUCCCACUAUCGCUAGGUUGGCUGUUUGUUGAUGCUGUGUUGUUUUAUCAUUACCGCUUUAUACUUUAUAUAUCAGUGUGUAAUUGUAACUUAGUGAAGUACUGUAUUUUUUAAUUAUUAUAUAUAUACAAACAUGAUAACAUAAUGAGUGCAUGUCACUGAAUGGCCUUUUAAAUAUCCCCACGUUAUAUUAGCAAAGUCACACUGUGAUAGCUGAACUGGCAGUUGUGUUUGUAAGCUCUUCUUAUAAAUAUAGCAGAACAUUUAGGCUAUGAGUUAUAUACACCCUUCUAGUUGAUAUACAGUAAAACACUGUUUUUAUGGACAAAGUACAUAUCUAGUUUCAUUACUUUUAUGAUUAUUUUUUUAGUGCAGGGAACUUCCAAAUAUUUCAAUCAGCAUGAGAAAUUGUUAAAUGUUCACCAUUAAUGAUUAAACCACUUACUAAUAUUGUUUAACAUAGAUAUUAUUUGGAAUGUGUACAUGUUAUUUUCAGUGAGUAAAAUAAAAGUAAACUGUAUUCCGUA